AAAUGAUUUCUAAUCCAUUAAAUAUAAAGUCAAAUGGCUCAGACUGGAAUGUAUAGAAUUUGGUUUACUACCGUGUGUGAACGUUCUACACAAUAUCAAAAUCGUAGAUGGAGAAGUCAACAUUUUGUAUUUUUUUAUAAGGAAAGCAUGACACUGACUUUUGUGACGCAUUUGACUUACUGCUUUUGGGUCAUUGAUGACGUAAUUACACUCACUGUCGUUGCAGACUAAACCUAUUAAAGUAUCCAAGGAAUAAAAUACAAAUUAAGCAGAAAAAACACAAAACAUUAUGGUUAGAUUCUCCACCAGAUGAAAAUUGGAAAAGGGUAAUUCAUAUAAACCAAACGUCACUGUGAAACUAGGUGAGUACCACAAUUAUAGAUAAUCUAUAAUACAAAUCUCCGAAAAAAUCUCAAUAUUAUUAUGUUGGAAUAAAUUUCGGUCUCAUAUGAUUGUUGCGUGUUAAAUGAUAAUUUGCUUAAACGGUAAUCACUAUUUAAACGGGCACUCUGAACCUUUAUUUCUCACAAAACAUCCCAACGGCAACAUAAAGAAAGCCGCUCCACUACAGUGAAAAGCUCCGCCACAACCCCCGUGGAAACGAUGUCGUUUCACGACAGUUCUAUCACCACCUUCCUCGGGCUUCAACUACUUCUGCUCUUCUUCUGCUUUCUCUCUUCGGCAAGCUUCUCUGACGCUAUCCCAUCAACGUUGGACGGUCCAUUCACUCCGGUGACGAUUACACUAGACACCUCUCUCCGGGGAAAAGCAGUUGAUUUGCCCGACUCCGAUCCACGUGUCCAACGCUACGUCACCGGCUUCCAGCCGGAGCAGAUUUCUCUAGCUCUCUCCUCCAAUUAUGACUCCAUAUGGGUCUCUUGGAUCACAGGUGAGUUCCAAAUCGGUACGAACGUGAAGCCGUUAGAUCCGACAAGCAUCGCCAGUAUUGUCCAGUUCGGUACUUUGGGGGACUCACUGAUUCAUACAGCCACAGGAUCUUCACUUGUUUAUAGUCAACUUUACCCUUUUGAGGGCCUCCUUAACUAUACUUCUGGAAUCAUACACCAUGUUCGCAUUACAGGGCUGCAACCAAGUACUGUCUAUUACUAUCGGUGUGGGGAUCCUUCACAUGGUAUGAGUAAGAUACACCAUUUCAAGACAAUGCCGGUUUCUAGCCCCUCGAGUUACCCCAGCCGAAUAGCAAUUGUGGGUGAUACUGGUCUCACUUACAACACAACAGCUACAAUUAGCCACUUGGUUCAGAACUCUCCUGAUCUUGUUUUACUGGUCGGUGACGUGAGUUACGCAAACUUGUAUCUAACGAACGGGACUAGCUCGGAUUGUUAUUCUUGCAAUUUCUCAAAUACGCCUAUACACGAGACGUAUCAGCCACGUUGGGAUUAUUGGGGUAGGUUUAUGGAGAAUCUGACUUCUACAGUUCCUCUUAUGGUGGUUGAAGGAAACCAUGAGCUUGAGUUGCAGGCUGGGAACAAGACAUUUGAAGCUUAUAGCUCAAGAUUCGCAUUCCCUUAUGUAGAAAGUGGCUCCACUUCGAAGUUUUAUUAUUCUUUUAAUGCUGGUGGGAUUCACUUUGUUAUGCUUGGUGCCUACAUCGACUUUGAUAGAUCAGGGGAACAAUACGAGUGGCUAAAGAUGGAUCUUGCUAAAUUCAAUAGGUCGGUAACUCCGUGGUUAGUAGUUACUUGGCAUCCACCAUGGUACAGCACUUACACAGCGCAUUACAAAGAAGCUGAAUGUAUGAAAGUAGCUAUGGAGGAGUUGCUUUACUCUUACGGUACCGACAUUGUCUUCAACGGACAUGUUCAUGCUUAUGAACGGUCUAACAGAGUAUACAACUACCAACUAGACCCAUGUGGUCCAGUUCACAUAGUGAUUGGUGAUGGAGGUAACCGUGAAAAGAUGGCGAUAGAGCACACUGAUGAACCCGGUAAAUGUCCUGACCCAUUAUCCACACCGGACGCAGCCCUGGGUGGGCAAUUUUGCCCUUCCAACUCCACCACGACUGGUGCGUUCUGUUGGGACCAGCAACCUCCUUAUAGCGCCUUGAGAGAGAGCAGCUUUGGCCAUGGAAUCCUAGAGAUGAAGAACGCCACAUGGGCACUAUGGACAUGGCACAGGAAUCAAGACACUAACAGUCAAGUUGGAGAUCAGAUUUACAUCGUGAGACAACCUGAUCUAUGUCCCCCUCAAAAUGUCACAACCUGAUUGAUUAACCAUUGCUAAGCUGAAGUUUAAACGGAAAUGUUCUAAUAAAUGAUUUGGCUUACAGCCU